AUGGAGUUACAAGCAUUAGAGAAAACAAUCCAGCCUAUAUAUCAAAAGAUUGCAACUAACAUCCAAGUUCAGAAGGUGGACUUGAAGAAAAACAACAAGAUACAAAUAACAGCUAUUAGGAAACAUGGAAAAGAUUUACACAGGGAAAUAGAUAACAAUACUAAGAAACUUGAAGCCGAUCUUAAUGAAAUGGAUACAGAACUCCUGACUGUUCUCACUAAAAAGGAAGAUGAAAUAGCACACAUCAGUUCUGAAAUCUCAAAGAAUAUUGCUGAUUUGAAGAAUUUAAUUGCCUCGAAUGAUGUAAGUGUUGUCUCUGCACAUAAAUCCAGAAAUGCGGAAUUCAGAAGAUUAAUCCCAAAACUUAAGAUUUCCUUACCACGAUUUACUUCUCAGAGAAUCAACAGGGAAAUGAUACAGCUUGGCUGUCUUUCUGUGGUAUCUAUUGAAACAACAGAACAUAACUUCGUGACAAAUUCCCCAGGUAUUGAUUCUUCUUCUUCAGACAGACCAACUAUUGCAGCUGUGCCAUUUGUCAUCAAAGAAAUAAAUACUACAUCUGGAGAAUCUAGUGGAUUACGCAGUGUUUCCUGUCUAAAUGACGAAAAUAUAUGGACUUGCGGACAGGACAACAUUAUGCAACUUUACAGCCUUCAGGGAAAACUAGUGAAGUCAAUCAAAACCAAGUCGGGGAACAGGCCAGAGGACAUAGAAGUGACAAGAAAUGGGGAUCUAGUCUAUACUGAUGAAAACGAUCGAACUGUGAAUGCAGUGAACAAUUCACAAAUUGAGACUUUAAUCAAAACCAACGAGUGGACACCUAGUAAUGUCUGUAACACAUUCACUGGUGACUUUCUGAUUUUAUUGUACAAUGAUGAUAGCAAACAAACAAAAGUUGUGCGUUACUCAGGCUCCUCAGAAAAACAAAAUAUUCAAUUCCACAAUGGACAUGCUCUCUAUUUAUCACAUGGUAGUAAGUGCAUCUGUGAAAACAGAAAUCUAGAUAUUUGUGUAUCUGACUGGGGAUCUAAUACAGUGGUGGUAGUCGAUCGUGCAGGGAAACUUCGGUUUGUCUACACUGGUCCUCCCUCUAAAACCAAAGACUCAUUUAGUCCACGCGGGGUCACCACAGACAGCCAGAGUCAAAUACUGAUAGCAGACUAUUAUAACCACCGUAUCCACAUCAUAGAUCAGGACGUUUUUUUUAUUCGCUUUAUUGAAAAAUGGGAAUUACAGUAUCCAUGUGGUCUUUGUGUUGACACUAAAGACAACCUAAUUGUAGCUGAGUAUCGUACAGGCAAAGUAAAGAAAAUCCAAUAUGAUGUUUGA